AUGUACCCUCGCCGUUACAAAGCCUUCUUCUACUUCAACGCGAUGAGCUUCAUGGCAUCCAUGGCGCUUAUCAUCUUGCUCCAGGACGACAAGACGUACCAGCCGGCGGGCAUCCGAUUCUACGGUCUGUACGCGUGCAUGCUGGUGGGGAUGCUGGUCUUGAUGGGUGCCUACGCUGCUGGGAGUGCCCGGAGGCUGAGGACGUCCAUCUACGUCUUCGCCCUGGACGGAGGUGUCAUCUGCUUCAUAGCGAUGCUGUUUGCUUUGUUUCUGCGUAUACGACGACGACAGCAGGACCACCACAACGACGACCACCGCCGUCGUCGAGGAGAAGGAGAUCACACAACAAAGUGCAAGUACGUACGUGAUGCUGCUCGCAAUGCUUGCCGCGAGUGUCAUGUACCAGGCGGGCCUGGACCCGCCAGGUGGUGUGUGGCCCGAAGGCAACUCCAGCUCCUUCUCGUGGCUUCCAUCGUUGUCAUCAUCCUAUUGCUGCAAAGUGAACGGCUGACUAUGAAGCAAAGGGAUGAACAACCGCAGAAAUUGCUCCUUAUGGCGACCAACAUUGUGGUCGCACUGGACUUGGUUGGGCUACUGGUGGCCUAUGCUGCUGGUAGCUGCCGAACAUUGCAAACGUCCUUGUAUGUCAUGGUGCUGGUCGUCGCAGUCGUGGUCUACAUUGUGGUCGUCAGGCUGCAUGAUGCCGUCAUUGUUGAACGUCGCAAUGAAGCAAAUGGGGGGCACGCACAAGCAGAUAAUGCAUCUUGA